CUAAAAUCUAACCUACUAAUUCAAAUGUAAACAAUCGCCCAAUAUCUUUUAUUGUAUUUAACGUUAAUUUGAUAUUUUUAUUCACAUAUAAUACCGAAACAUUCCUGUAGUUUAGUGAGAAAUUACUUGGGAUUUUGUCGGGGUAAUUAUAAGAUUAAUUUGAAGAAAAAAAUGAUGAGAUAACAAGUUUCGCCAUAAUUGGAAAUUGUAACAUUUAUUAAUUGCCUACUUAUUAAACAUGAAUAUGGAAGGAAAACCAUCGAAAAAAGUAGCUCUUUUAACAGGAAUUACGGGGCAAGACGGCUCCUACCUUGCCGAAUUCCUGAUCAACAAAGACUAUGAAGUCCACGGCAUUAUUCGGAGAGCCAGCACAUUCAACACAAGACGAAUUGACCAUCUGCACGACGAUUUAUUCGCUCACAAAGGUGGCAGACUCCAUCUCCAUUACGGCGACAUGACCGAUUCGAGUUCGUUGGUGAAGAUCAUAUCGAAAAUCAAACCGACGGAAAUCUACAACCUAGCUGCACAAAGUCACGUCAAAGUCUCCUUCGAUUUGAGCGAGUAUACUGCCGAAGUAGACGCGGUCGGUACACUGCGACUAUUGGACGCAAUUAAGACUUGCGGCUUCGAGAAGGUGACGAAAUUUUAUCAGGCCUCCACGUCGGAAUUGUAUGGGAAGGUGGCCGAAGUGCCACAGACUGAAACCACCCCGUUUUAUCCCAGAUCGCCUUAUGCAUGUGCUAAACUGUACGCUUACUGGAUCGUCGUUAAUUAUAGGGAGGCUUAUGGUAUGUUUGCGUGUAAUGGUAUUUUGUUUAAUCAUGAAAGUCCCAGGCGAGGAGAGACGUUUGUUACCAGAAAAAUUACAAGGGAAGUGGCCAAGAUCCACUUGGGAUUAUCGCAGUUUUUGGAACUGGGUAAUCUAGAUUCCAAAAGAGACUGGGGACAUGCUAAAGACUACGUUGAAGCUAUGUGGAUGAUGCUACAACAAGAAUCACCAGAUGAUUUUGUAAUUGCGUCCGGGGAAACGCACAGCGUUAGAGAAUUUGUGGAGGCCGCUUUUAAGUAUGUGGGAAAAGAAAUUGUUUGGGAAGGGGAAGGUGUGGACGAAGUGGGUAAAGAAAAGGACACCGAGAUCGUCAGGGUGAAAGUCAAUCCUCGAUAUUUUAGACCAACUGAAGUUGAUUUAUUGCUUGGAGACGCAACAAAGGCGAAGAAUAAGUUUAAUUGGACUCCAAAGGUUUCAUUCUCAGAUUUGGUCAAAGAUAUGAUGGCGUCUGAUAUAGAACUGAUGAAGAAAAAUCCCCUUGCAUAAUUAUAUGCAUUUUUCUUUUGUAUUUAGUGUUAUAUAUAUAUAUUUGUAUUUUAGAAUAUUAUGUAUAUUAAAUAAGUUUUAAAUUUGUUUCAAUUUUUUAUAAUAAAUUACUUAUUUUAUCUCGGGUUUAAAUAUACAUAUAUAAAUUUUGA